AUGCCCGUCCGCACAACGUUCCUCUCAGUAUCCUUCUUCAUCGUCUUCGGCCUGCUCUACAUCGCAAGCAGCACGGCCUUUAACUCCUUCGUGAAUAUGGCCGCUCUGCUCGUCAACAUCGCGUACACGGUGCCGCAGGGGAUCCUGGCUUGUCGGAGACGGGAUAGACUGUCGUCCACUCGGGCGUUUAAUCUGGGCACAGCGGGGUACGUCGUGAAUGUGUUCUCGGUGUGCUGGCUUGUGUUGGUGGGAGUGCUGUUUUGUUUCCCUGUGAGGAUUCCGACGAGUAGUGGGGGGAUGAAUUAUGGCUCCGCCGUCCUCGUCGGCCUCUUCGUCGCUAUACUGGCCAUGUACGCCGUGCGCCGGAACAUCUUCCACGGGCCUAGCCAUAUCCACAGCCACGGCCAUGGCCACAAGCUCUCAUCCAUACCAAAGCCUACGCCCGCUAGUCCUGCUACUGCUAGCCCUGCUAUACAGCCUUCGGCAUCCUUGGGAGCGCACCCCAAAGCAACAAAAUCGCCACAGUAA